AUGGCUGUCACAAGAAACUCCAAUAGAAGAAACACCUCUUCAACCUCUUCAACAACUAGAGUAACCAAAACCAGAAAACCAGCCAGAAAAACCAAGGCUAAUCCUCGUGUUACAGCAAUUGAAAACAAUAUUUCUGCAUCACAUGCUGCAUCAACAUCUGAAAACACACCAAACUCAACCACUUCAGAAGAAAAUUUUUCAACAAAUGGUGUUCAACAAGCUGCAUUAUCUGCACAAAAUGAAAAUUUUUCUAACAAAUGGGUCAAAUCAAAAUCGCACUUUUUCCCACCACCUGGAUUACCUCAACCAAAUUCAGCACCAUUGUUUCCUCCAGGUUUAUCAGCACCUUCAUCACUUCCACCGGGUUUAUCUAAUAAUACACAACAUGGAACCAAUAGCACAACUUCAAACACUAAUGCUGCUACUAAUGUCCUCAAUUCAAUGGAUCCACAAACACUUGCUCAACUAUUACAGUUACUUCAAACUGUUCAACAACCUCUGCAACAACAAAAUCAUGUAUCUGAUCAAGUGCAAUUUAAUGAUAUAAUGAUGAAUUUUGAACAAACAACCAUCAAUAACAUGAAAAUAAUGUUCAAUUUACCAGCAUUUGAAGAAUUUAAAUUAAAAGAUGAUAAAAUAAAUGUUUCAAACAAAUUCCAAAUGGGUUUUCUCAAGCGUGGUACUAUUGUCUUGUGA